AUGUCUAGCACAUCGCCUGCAGCCAUGGAGAAGCUGGGGCCUCCGGCGGACGACGAGGCCAACGGCGACACCUCUUCCUCCGGCUCGCGGAUCAAAAUCACCCAUCGACCCGACAGGUCUGUUCCCAUGGCUGCCCUCCAAUUUAUCCUCAAGCCAUUCCGCCCGCGCCUCGUCGCGCCCUCGGGAAAGUCCCGCAGCACGCAUCCCGUUCGAUUGAAGCCGCCCAUCUGGGCAGUGCGUACCACGCACUGGAAAGAGUACCAAGUUGAGGGGACCUGGAUUUACGACAUGGUCCCCAAAAAGUCGAACAAGCAUUGCGACUAUCCGAAGCGCAGGAUAUAUUACUUUUGCGGCGGGAGCUGGCAAGAGCCGCCCAGCAUCAUGCACUGGCGCUUGGCCGCGGAGCUCAGUCGCAGGGUGCACAAUGCAACGGUGUCGGUCAUAUCGCACCCCCUUGCACCAGAAUGCCCGGCAUCCGAGGCGCUGCCGCACUUGGACCGUCUGUACAAGGAGGUGAUGCGUCGGAGUGUCGAAGUAGGCGAGAGGGUUGUUUGGGCGGGCGAUUCCUCAGGAGGCAAUCUGGCGUUGAGCGUUGUGCUCCAUAGCCUCAGCACACAGGGUGUAGAGGGUCCCCAACCCGCUGCCGUCAUGGCAAUUUGCGCGCCGACGGAUCUACGGCAUCUCGAUGAAAACAUCAAGGACGUGGAGCCGUACGAUUCGAUGAUGACGCUGGAUUUUGUCAACGGGGCUGCUCGCAAGUGGUUGAACAUGAGAGAGGGCGUGGAAACUGGUUCUGAUCAUUCCGGGUUUAGCAUCUCCGAUCCCAGAAUCUCACCGGCGGCGGGCGAUAUCAGUCUGUUCGCGGCGGCCGACAUAGCCGUGCACGGUGUGACAGCAGGAUUUGACGUGUUGGCGCCCGAGGCAGUGAAUUUCCGUGAUCGAUGCGCCGAAGUGGGCGUCGAGGGCCAAUGGCUGCAGUGCGACAAGAUGAUGCACGACUUUCCACUCAUGUUCAAGUGUGGCUUCAGCGACUGCCAGCAAGGGCUGGACUGGAUCGUUGACGUUCUGCAAACUGCCUGA